GGAUAAAGUACCUGGAAGGUACUGUUGAGCAAGUAAACCUCUUAUAUCGAGGUAAAGUCAGUGAGAUUGGACAGGCGAAGAACGGGUUUCAUGAAAAGAGUCAGGAGUUAUAGAAAGGCUUAAGGUUAAGCAAAGCUCUAAAGAAGAGCGUAUCCAGGACUACAAAGACCAACUUCUAGAAAUCACUCAGAAGUAUGAAAAAGAGGUGCAAAGGGCUGAAGAGCUCACAGUCGAUCUCGCAAGGAUUCUAAUAAUCUUUCUAGGAUAAAGUUAGAGAAGACCUCAAGUGGGCCAAAGAGGAAUACAUAGAGAUCAAAGAAAGAUAUGAGAAUGAAAGCAUAGCCAGGAAUUUGGUUGAAACAAACCUGAAAGAGAAGAAAGAGCUAGCUAAAGAACUCCAGGAAAAGGCUCAAACACUGGAGAAAAAUAUCUGGGAUGUUAAGAGAGACCUUUCGAUUAAAGAGUAUAAAGUUUCAGAACUUGAGCAAAAUUUAAAUUAUCAAAAAUCAAAAUUCUCAACUCUUCAUAAUCAACUCGACAAAUCAAGAAGUAGCCUUAUUACCGAAAAGGAAAAGAUUUUCCAAGUUUACGACCAAGAAAAAUCAGACAAAAACUCAUGGAUGGAGAAGUUCAAACUCGAGCAACAAAAGAACUCAGAAUACUCCACCCAACUCCUUAAACUAAAAUCUAAAAUUCGUGACAAAGCGUUCCAGCUAGAUGACGCACAGAUCAAGUCCACUAAAUUACAAGAGCUAUUAGACUCGAGACAAGCCAGAAUAGACCAGGUGCUGAAGGAGAAACAAGAGGUUGUUAAUAAGGCUGUGAUCCUGAAGAGGGAGGUUAAGGGGUUAGAGCAGAAGUAUAAGAGGGUAGUGAAGGAAGCAGAGGAAGAUAAGGAGGAUCAUAUGGUGAAGUUUGAGAAUUUGAAAAAGAAGAGUGAGCUGGUGGAGAAAAGGUUUGCAAUGCAGCAUGAAGAUACGCGUUCAAGACUUCAUCAGUAUUUUUCUGAAAUAUCAUCUCUCAACUCCAAAAUCACCACUCUCACCACCCUGACCAACAUGCAACAAGAAGACAUCCUCUCCCACUCCCUCAUAAUCACCUCCAAAAACACUCAAAUCUCACUCAAAAACGCUGAAAUCACCUCCAAAGACCUCGAACUAGCCACCUCCCAUUCAGAAACCAAAAGUACCACCUACCUCACCCUCUAGAGUACAAGAACGAAUUCGAACGGACCCAGCUCCUCUACAACAACCUAGUCCGGAUCAACAAAAUGAGCAAGAAGUCCAGCCUGCUUGAAGCCCCCAAGAACGCUAAGGCUCAAAUCUCCAAGCUCAAAAGGAUCCUUGACUCUAAAGUCAAGGAGAUUCAGAAGAUGAAGGGGGUAAUACAGAGGUUUAGGAAGGAAAAUAAGGAGAAGGACAGCACAAGCUCAGUGGGACAGAAGAAGAGAAGGUCAUUGAAUAAAGCGCAUACUAUUGUGGAGAGUAGUUUUAGUCCGAAAGGGAAGAGAAUUGGGAGGAGUUUGGAGAAGAAGGAUUUGAAAGGACCCAGUGAGAAGUCGUUAAUAGCCUUAAGUUCUCCGGAAUUUGUGAGACAAUUGUCUAUUGGUAAAAAUCAAGGUGAUAAGUCGUUGAUGAUGGAUAAGUCUGCUUCUAUCACGAUAGCAAAUGAUAAGAGAGAAGGUGAAUCUCAGUCUAGUAAAUAAAGAAAGUGUAUCAGAUACUAAAAAUAAUGAAGAUGAUAUCUCUAUUACUUCAAAACUAAUAAAUCUUGAAAGAAUCGAAAGUUCAAGGUAUCAGCAAUCAGAUUUUUCAUCAAGAGUCGCAAGCGUUUCAAAAUUUAAAACUCCAACAAUAAAGAAAAAUAACAUAGGAAUUCAGACAGAAACCCUUAAAAAUCUCAACCCCAACCCCAACUCAAGCCCUAAAUCUCCAAAAUCCGUCAAAACACCUCCAAAAUCUCCCAAAAAACCUCAAUCCCAACCCUCUUCAAAACCCAACUCCGACACCUCUCCUCGCCCUCAACCACUCAAACCCCCUCUGCAGCCACCAAAACUCCUCUAAACCCAGUUCCAAGCUCCUCAACCUCCCACCUCUUCCAUUCCUUCUCUAAGCCGCCUGCCGAAGAAGCCCCAGGCUGUGCUUCAAUCCAACCGCCUGAAGCACAGCCAGUGCUAAAGCCCAGAGGAGUUGACGCAACAAUACAAACAAUUCAAAUAAGAACUUGAAAUAAGUCAAUGAUGGUUAAUUUAACUGAGGCAAGCACACAGCCUGUUAUAGAUUUGAAGAGUGGAAGAAAUGAAGUUGGAAGAAAGAAAACUUCUUUGUUUAAAAAAUUCAGUGUACCAUUAAAAGGGGAUUUUUCAAAUCCUACAGUGUCAAUUAAAGAUCUUGCAAAUUCUCCAAAGGAGGAUUUGGAAAAUAAGGAGAGAACAAACUUUCCUCUUCUGAGUUCAAUGAUUAAAGCCAGGAAUGAGGGAAAUCUUUUUGAAAGAAUUAGAGAUGAGCAAAUCAGGAAAUCAAUGGGAGAUGUUGAUGGGAUCGAAUCGACUAAUUUUAACCAAUUCCAUGAGAGAAAUAUCGAAGAGUUAACAAAUCCAAGAUACAGCAAUCCCAAAGCCUUCAAGGGGACUAGUAGUGUCUAUCGAGAUCGAUAUGAAGACAAAAAUCAAGGAUAUAGCUUAAAAAACAGCUUAAAUAACUCUAGGAAGAUCACUAUUGACGAUACGGAGGGUAUAAGUAGCGUUAAAAGAAAAGUUGGUGAAAAAAUAAGAGGAUCAGUAUUGAUAAAACCUUCACAAGCAAGAAAAAGAAGUGUCCAGGAAACUUAUUCCAGAACUUCUAAGAACAAAGUAAUAAACGAAUCAGCGAAGGAAAGUAAUCAAGAUCUCUCAAGUUUCUUUACUCCGAGAUACAACCACAAAAUGCCUAAUACUGGAAGAGUUCCUUAUAAAUUGAACAAGAAACAUGAAUGGAAUGAAGAAAAUCUGCUAAAUAAAUACGAUGCUGUUCGCUUGAGUUCGAAUGAUCUAAAGCGGGAUGAACUUAUGAUUGACUCCAAGAUUCUGGCUCAGAAGCAAUUAUCUAACUUUAACCUAUCAACCAUAGUUCCAUUCCACAAGACAACAUUAUCGAGUUCUAGUAGGAACUCACAGGAGUCCCGGCUGCAGUCUAAUGUGCAGCCUAGUAUCACUCAGGCUAAGUUUACGUUAAAGAAGAAUGUUGAUCCUGUCUUUCAGAAGAUCAAGAAUAAGCCAAGUCUGAAUACAGCUAAGCUCCCAUCAGGAUUUGGGACCAAGAAAAAGAAUGGGUCUAAGAGAGACAAGAUGAAGUCGAUGAUAAGAGCUGCAUGUUCAAGGUUUACAUAAUUUCAGUAAAUUUUAAUUA